AGAGAGUGGAAGAAGAAGGAAGGGGGAAGAUGGCGAGCGAAGAAGAAAAGGCUCUGGAGAAUGAGCUUGAAGAACAGUUACAGGAGCUGAGAGAUUCCCUCACCGCUCUCAACGACGCACUUGCUUCUGAUCCUUCCAAUUCCGAACUUCUCUCUGUUCAGGAGGAGCUAGUACAGUCGAUCAAAGAUGCGGAGGAUGGGCUCCUUCACCUGAAACGUGCACGGUUGUUGAAAGAAUUGGAUGUGGCAGCUGCACUUCAGAGCUCCAAUGGGUCCGCGGAGAAUGUCAAAGUAGAGCGUAUUGACAUUGACUCUAGUACGGAUGAUGGAGCGGAACCAUUGGAGGAAGAAGAACAGAAAGAGUUUUCAAUUGGGUCCAAUUGUAGAUUCCGUUUCAGUGAUGGACGGUGGUAUAACGGUCGGAUUAUUGGGUUUGAAGGUUCUGACGCUGCCAAGAUAUCUUUUCUCACCCCUACUUCGGAUAACAUGGUGAUGUGCAAGUUUUUCCUUCAAGAACGAUGUCGAUUUGGUACUAGUUGCCGCAUGUCACAUGGGGUUGAUGUGCCGUUAUCUUCCUUGAAAGAGUAUGUUCCUACAGUCUGGGAUCAGUCACUCGUGGGGUCCAGCAUUCUGGCAAUGCCUGACAAAAAUACCGGCAUUUGGAGGAAAGCCGAGCUUGAAUCUUGGGAUGAUGAAGUCGGGUCAGGCAAAGUUGUUUUUCACAAUGAUGGGAGCUCUGCUAAGCUUUACCCUGAAGCUAUAUCCCUAUCUGAGUAUGCAAUAGUUAGCGAAGAAGAAGAAAGUGAUGAUACUGGUGCAGAACAAUCCGAUUCAAGUGAUUAUGAAGAAGGAGAAAGCCCUGACGCUAUAGGAUUUCUUGGAAGCACCAACCAACAAAGAGGCAUCCAAACGGAGACCACCAUGUUUGCCAAGUGGGAGAAUCACACCAGGGGCAUAGCUUCCAAGAUGAUGGCAAAUAUGGGGUAUCGUGAAGGAAUGGGUUUAGGAGCAUCUGGGCAGGGAAUGGUGAAUCCAAUCCCCGUGAAGGUCCAUCCAGGCAAGCAAUCACUCGAACAUGCUCUAGAAUCUCAGAAACGUGAGGAGGCCGGCGGUGGAAAACAGCCAAAAAAGCGAAGCAGAGGUGGAAAGAGAAAACGUGAUAAGAAGUUUGCUGCGGCAGCUAGAGCAGCCAAAGCAGCAAAGGAAGAUGAGGAAACUCGACCAGAUGUGUUCAGUUUCAUCAAUGACCAACUAGCUGCAAAUGGUGGGUCGGUGGCCAAGAAGCAGCAAAAGACCAGUUCGGUCGAGAAGAAAGUGGACAGGCGAGCUCUGGUAGCUUAUGAAGAUGAGGUGAAGGAGUUGAGAAAUCGUGUAGAAAGGCUGGAGGAGAUGGCCAGUAGAAACAAGAAGGAGAAGUUGGUCUAUGAUGCCGCCAUGAGGAAGUUAAAGGAAGCUCGUAAAGCUUUGGAAGAUGCCGAGGCUACUCAUGCUUCUGCUACCAAUGCCGUGGUUAGCAAAGAGAAGGAGAAGAAGUGGCUCAAGUUUUAAAUAGGGCAUUGUUUGUUUCAUAUAUUUUUGUAUCAAAUGUGACAGAGAAUUACCGAACUUGAUGUUCAAUUCAAAAGUUGGCAUUGACACAAAACUCACUAUCAGUCUAUCACUAUCUCUUGUGGUCUCUAAUGAAAUUUGUUGUCUUGGUAGCAAUAACUGUGGAGGUGAAGUGCACUCCAGCCAAACAUAGUCCCGCCGAUACCAACAGAAAGGCCUUCCACUGCCGUUGAGACGCCAGAAUAGCCAACGCCACCAGAGCAACAGCUGCACCAGAGAGCACAUUCCUCGCAGCAUUGAAAGUCCUGAAAGCGCCCAAGCAUUCCUUGCAGUGGACGACAUGCCUGAAGUAUCGGCUCGUCAGGUUGGGAGCAUGCAUCUCCAUGAUCCCUCCCUUAGCCGGCGGAGAAGCAGAUGCGCGAGCUAGAAAGCCAGCAGGCGCUUGUUCCACGACAGCAGGAACCUGGGGCAGAGAAAUGGUGCUGUGCCCUAAAUGGUAAGGCAUUCCAUGCCCAACUUUAUCCAUCCAUUUCCGGUACUCGAGCACCCAUGUAUCGGAAGACCUCAGGUUUAUGUACAGCUUUUUGGUGGGAACUUUUUCCUUCAUCAGAACUUCAUUCUGCGAUGACAGAAACCCCAUGUCCUGUUCGAAUAUCUUGCAGGAGAGGUUGUGUAUGAACCAUUUGGGUAUCCAUUUCGCCAGUUUAAAACCUUUGGUGGUACCGAACUGGACGAGGACCAUCGACUUCCCUUGGCCCGCCGGUCUACAGAGAAACAACCCAGUUGCAUAGUGCUUCUCCCCAUUUGCAUCUGUAUAUUCUCUUACGUUUGACAGAACACAAGGAGCUUGGAACCGCAGGAAGCUCGUCAGUCCCUCUGCUUCCCUCCCCCAGUACCCGGCAAACCCUCGAUCGGACCGCUCGGUGACCUCGAACAGAAGCGGCUGAGCCUCCUUCCUGCUGGUCGAGGUGUCGGUUCCAUCGUGGGAGAUCGGAAUGUGUGCAGGGUCCAUCAAGUUCUCAAGCAGUAUGGAGUGGUCGUAAGGAAGCUCGUGGAUGGUCGAAACCUCCUGGUACCCUGGUUUCGCCACCGAUUCGAACCAAGGCAGCUUCUUCGCAUUCGGCGGCGUCCUCGAUGACAUCCACACCCACAAGAUUCCUUGCGAAUCUCUGAUCUCGUACGAUCGGACGCAGGCCGAUUUGGGAAUCGUGCUCCCUGCAGGUAGCUGAGGUAUCUUCACGCAUUUCCCUUCUCCUCCUUCGAAUUGCCAGCCGUGAUACAGACACUCCAGCUUCCCGUCCGUAAUCUGCCCUUCUGAUAGCUUCGCCAACCUGUGCGGGCAUCGAUCUUCGUAACAUCGGAAUUGCCCUGCUCCGUCUCUGUACACCACAACCUGCUUGUCGAACACAGUGAGCCCCAACGGAGCGUCGUCGGGGACGUCCCGGGCGAAGUAGAGCGGGUACCACUCCUCCGUCCAGUCGUAAUCCGCCACCGCCACUCUCUCCUCGCUCCGCCCCGCUUCGAUCAAGGGAUCGCCGAACAGCACUGCUUCGUCGUUGUCGGAAUUUUGAUCCAUUGCAGGAGGAGGAGGAUGCGAGGUGGUGACUGCGUGGCACUUGCUGCUGCGGCGGCGAAGGCGGUUUGCGGCGGAGUUGGUGAUCACAGCGGGAGGAGGGAAGGUGGGUAUGGAGAAGGGAUAUUGGUUGGUGGGUCUGGUGCGGGAGAGGAUCAAUGGGUGGAGUAGGGAUGAUGAUGAGGAUGAUGAUAGAGCCAUGGCGACACCCUCCAUCUGCUAAGCGAAGUGAAGCGAAGGUAGUUGGGGAUGCAGGGGAAGAAGGAAGUGAGCGGUGGAAGGAGGGAAGAUUGGUGAUGGAGAGGUGUGGCAGGUGGCGGCCGUGCGUGUUGUCUGAAUUAGCUUGCACGCAUUGUUCUUCUUGGGCUCGGCUUGAGGGACACGUUUACAGUUGGUUUUCGCGGUCGGCAGUUCACCACCACUCAUAUUGUUUUGAUCGGAAAUGAGCCACAGAAAAAAAGAAUAUGUUGUUUCCCUCCACUUUCUUCAACUCUUAUUAUAGGUUGGAAUUUGGCUC